UUUAUUCGACUAAUAGGAGAGGAAACUGUUCAAAGUAAAUCAAGGUAUUGUUCCUGUUUCCUUCACUUGGCUGUAUAUAAUACACCAUUAGUUAUAUUUUCAAGCUGGUUUUAUCAGUUUUUAAUCAAAAAGUUUAUCAAAUUUCAUUUGCUGGAUCUUCAUUUUCUGUAGGUAACCAGGCCUUGAUUGUGUCAUGCUGUGUAGCAUGGAACAAUGUUGUUCCUGAAGUCUUUAUAAUAGUGCACAUAAAGUUAUCUUUAGAGCUUGAUUUGACCUAUGAGGACGAACUAUAUUCGGCUGAGUGGCUGUCAGACGUCAGAGGUCACUCUGCCCAGCCUCCUCUCUCCAACUCCACUCUUUAUAUCUCUAUUUUCCAGCCCAGAGGAAUCCUGAUUGCUUCACCUCUUAUCAGGUACCUUCAGUGACACAGAGCAGCCAUGGCCAUGUAAGGGACUGUGCUGCCCACAGCUGGCUAUUAUAGGACGGUAGAAGAUAAGAUGGGGCAUACAUAAAACCCACCCCAGCAUCACAUCCGGGCUGGGACUUCACGUACGAUCAUUCAGACAUGGCGAGUAAGAAGGCCUCCAAUAAGAGACAGAGGGGAGGACAGAAGGCUUGCUCCAAUGUCUUCUCCAUGUUUGAGCAGUCCCAGAUCCAGGAGUUCAAGGAGGCUUUUGGAUGCAUUGACCAAGACAGAGAUGGUGUUAUAAAAAAACAAGACCUGAAGGAGACCUAUGGACAGCUGGGGAAGCUCAAUGUCAAUGACGAGGAGCUGGAUGAGAUGCUGAAUGAGGGGAAGGGUCCAAUCAACUUCACCGUGUUUCUGACUCUUUUUGGGGAGAAACUCAACGGCACCGAUCCUGAAGACACCAUACUUGCUGCCUUCAAGCUGUUUGACCCCAAUGGGACAGGCUUUGUUAACAAGGAUGAGUUUAGACGAUUACUGAUGAACCAGGCUGAUAAAUUCACAGCAGAGGAGGCGGAUCAGGCCUUCGCUCUGGCUCCCAUUGACCCAACUGGCAACAUCGACUACAAGUCCCUCUGCUACACCAUCACGCACGGAGAUGAGAAGGAAGAAUCCUAACAGGGACUGUAGUCAGGUCAAACAGGUCAUACAUACAUGCAGAUAACUCUUUUACACUGGCUGGUUGACAUUGACUGAUGACUGACUGACCAAUGACUGAUGGAAUAAUGAUGGAAUAUCUGACUCAUUCAACCAAAACUGUUUAAUGGUAAUAAAUGCUGCAGUUCUGAAGUCGAGUCUGAUUUGUUUGUUUGCUCUUGAGAAUAAAAUGU